AUGGGGAACUGUAUGGGCGGCUCUGCCAAGUGCGCCAAUGCAUCCACUCCCUUCGCAUCGAAGGUGAUCCCGGGAAGCAGCACAUCCAACUCCAAGGCGACGCAAGGGAGCAGCAGCUCCUCAGACGGCCGGAAGAAAGCCACCGACGAGCACGCGCCCGCGGCGGCGCCUCCGGCGACGGCCACUGCACUCAAGUCGUUCAGCACGAGCGACCUCCGCGCGGCGACCAAGAACUUCGGCUCCAGCGCCUACCUGGGGGAAGGCGGGUUCGGGUGCGUGUACAAGGGGUGGAUCGACGAGGUCACCCUCGCCCCGGCCAGGCCCGGCGCCACCAACGCCAUGAUGGUCGCCAUCAAGAAGCUCAAGAAGGAGAGCUACCAGGGCCACCGGGAGUGGCUCACGGAGGUGACCUUCCUCGGGGAGCUCCACCACGACAACCUCGUCAAGCUCGUCGGCUACUGCUCCGACUCCGACAGCAACAAGCUGCUCGUCUACGAGUACAUGCUCCGCGGCAGCCUCGAGAACCACCUCUUCCGCCGCGGCAGCGGCAACCAGCCGCCGCUGCCGUGGGCCACGCGCGUCGUCGUCGCCGCCGACGUCGCUCGAGGGCUCGCCUUCCUGCACUCCCGCGACGUCAUCUUCCGGGACCUCAAGUCCUCCAACGUCCUCCUCGACACCGACCACCGCGCCAAGCUCUCCGACUUCGGGCUCGCCAGGGCCGGGCCCACCGGCGGCAAGACCCACGUCUCCACCCGCGUCGUGGGGACGCGCGGGUACGCCGCGCCGGAGUACGUGGCCACGGGCCACCUCUCGGCCAAGAGCGACGUGUACGGGUUCGGGGUGGUGCUGCUGGAGCUCAUGACAGGAAAGAGAGCCCUGGACGAGUCUCGCGGGCUGGCGGCGGAGCUGCUGGUGGACUGGGCGAGGCCGAUGCUGGUCGGGGACAAGAGGAAGGUCAUCCGGGUCAUGGACACCAGGCUCGGCGGCCAGUACAACAAGAAGCAAGCGCAGGACGUGGCGGCGCUCGCGCUCCGGUGCCUCAACAACGACGGCAGGAGCCGACCAACCAUGGCCGAAGUCCUCCCCUGCCUCGAGCAGCUACUGAAGGAGAACACCACCAAGUCGUCGUCGUCGGCGGCGGCGAGAUCGGCCACGCCGGUGCACAGAGACCAUAGGCGUCACACAGGAUAGCAUAGCAUGUUAGAUCGAUCUUCUUCAUUAGUUGCCUAGAUUAAUCAUCUACUUGAUUCGUUAAUUACAUGUGUAAUGGGUUCGUCGAUCCAGUGAACUAGAAUCUGGAGAUUAGAUA